GGGGGGGGGCAAUAAAUAACAGAAAAUUAAGUAGAGAGGACUUGCAAAAAGCAGAGAGUUAAGUGAGUAGUUGAAGAUAGAGAGGCCAGAAAAGAGGAAUCUCUCUCUCUCUCUCUCCCCUUUGCUGAUUCAGGUUAGAAAAACACAGAGAAACUAAGAGCCCUAAUUUAUAACAUCCAAAUGGUACACUCCAAGAAGUUCAGAGGUGUCCGCCAGCGUCAGUGGGGUUCUUGGGUCUCUGAGAUUCGUCAUCCUCUCCUGAAGAGAAGAGUGUGGCUAGGAACAUUCAACACGGCCGAAGAAGCGGCUAGAGUCUACGACCAAGCCGCUGUUCUAAUGAACGGCCAGAACGCAAAGACCAACUUUCCCGUCAUCAAAUCCAACGGUUCGGUUUCUCCGGACGUUAACACUCCGUUAUCGGAACUCCUAAACGCUAAGCUAAGAAAGAAUUGUAAAGACCAGACACCUUAUCUGACGUGCCUCCGCCUCGACAACAACAGCUCGCACAUUGGCGUCUGGCAGAAACGCGCCGGAUCGAGUUCAAGUCAAAACUGGGUCAAGCUUGUUGAGCUCGGCGACGGUGUCAGCGCAAGUGCCGGUGAUACAGGGACUAAUAAGCUGAAGAAAGGAAACGACGACGUUGAGGAAGAAGAUCAGAUGUCAAUGCAGAUGAUCGAGGAGCUUCUUAACUGGACAUGUCCUGCUUCUGCAUCCGUUUCAGGUCUUAGUUAGAUAUUUAUAACAAAACAAAAGGAAAAUGAUUAAAUGCUUUCCAAGUAAAUGAUUAUCUAAUGAUCAAAAUAAGUAUACAUCUACGUAAACAUUUGUUCGAAUAUAUAUAAUAUUGUAUGUAUAAGUUUGUCUGCAUGUAUUCUGUAUACGUUAUGACUAAAAAAAUUUAUUUUAAAGAAUUGAUCAUAUUAA